UCCGAUCAACUCCUUUCCCAGGUCGCAAGUCCUAAUCUUGCUUAGGGUUUUCAGAGAUGCCGCAGCGACAUUCGAAGAAUAACAAUGAUCUUGCUUUCUUUACGUACGAUGAGAAGCGAAAGCUUGGAUACGGAACUCAGAAGGAGAGGCUUGGCAGGGAUUCGAUAAAGCCCUUCGACGCCUGUGGCCUCUGUCUGAAGCCCUUAAUCGAUCCUCUCUGCUGCCAGAAAGGUCACGUCUUUUGCAAGGAAUGCAUACUUGAGUGCAUGUUGGCUCAAAAGAAGGACAUUCAAAGAAAGCUGGCUGCACAUGCUGCCCAACAGAAGCAAGAGGAGGAGGAAGAAGAAGAGAAGUUAAUGCUGCAGAAGGCUAGAGAGCUUGAUGCCUUUGAUCAGCAAAAUCAUGGUGCAGUGCCUCAAUACAAUGACAGGAAUUAUACCAGGGACAAGAAUGGUUUCCAUGGGGCUAACAGUGUGAAGGUCACAUCAUAUGAAGAGGAAGCCCUUCGCAACAUGAAAGCAUUUUGGCUGCCUUCUGCAACACCGGAAGCUCCGGUCAAAGUGGAGGCCCCCUCCACUGAUACUGUCUGUCCAGAAGGCAAGGAGAAGCUCAGGCUUAAAACCCUAUUCCCCAUCCACUUCACAGAGGAGAGUGGUGAGGAGAAGAAUUACAAUCCUCUGGACCGGAGCUUCAUUUGUCCUAGCUGCAAGGUUACUCUGACCAACACACUGACACUCGUGGCCCUCAAUACAUGUGGGCAUAUCUUCUGCAAGAAGUGUGCGGAUAGGUUUAUGGCUGUUGAUAAGGUCUGUUUGGUAUGCAACAGAGGGUGCAAAGAGAAGAAUCUAGUGUGCCUGGAGAAAGGAGGUACUGGGUUUUCUGGCCAUGGGGAUCGGUUGGAGGCAACAGAUUUUAAGCAUUUGGGUAGUGGUUCGGGCUUGGGACUGGUGAGACCUGCUGCGAAGACUUGAAUCAUGCAAAAGAAAAAAAAGAUGAUCCCGUGAAAAGAUAUUUGCAUUGAUGACAUUU